CCGCGAGGGAAGGUGGCGAGGUUGCGCUCGCGUGCGCCUCUUUCGUUGGUGAGCGGCAGCGCCGCCUUCAGAGCGCAGCGUCUCCUUCGCUUUAGGAAGAGGGAGGGAGGAAGAGAGUGAGAGAAAGGCAGGGACGCAAGAGAGAGAGAGAAGGGGGCUCCCUCCUCCUGUUGCUGCUGCUCGUGGACUUCUCUCUCUUCUUCCGCCCAUCCCUCCGCCAGCCAGGAUUAGCAACAGCCCCGAGGGCACCCGGAGUUCAGUUUACAGCGCGCACUUGGCUGGGAGCGCCUCCGAGAGGAGAAGGAAUCCGUGCGCCUUCGCCCUCGCCGCCUCGCAUCCCUCCCCAACCUGCUGCCGUCGUUUCUAUUACUAGAGACGAGACGAGGCUACUCUCCUCCUUCCUUCCUUCCUUCUCUUUCUCUCUCUCUCUCUCUGUCUUCCCUUCCCGACCAUGGAUUUAUCCCUGAGGUUAAUCAUUCUGUCCUGGCUCUACCUGGAGGCUUUAGGGGACUUCGACGGAAGGUGGCCCAGGCAAAUACUUUCCACGACUGGAUUGUGCCGUUUUGGAAGCAGAGUCGACUGCUGCUGGGGCUGGGCUCGCCACUCAUGGGGCCAAUGCCAACCUUUCUACAUCUUAAGGCAGAGAAUAGCCAGGAUAAGGUGCCAGCCCAAAGCUGUAUGUCAGCCUGGAUGUAAACAUGGGGAAUGCGUUGGACCAAACAAGUGCAAGUGUCAUCCAGGAUACACUGGGAAAACAUGCAAUCAAGAUCUCAAUGAGUGUGGUCUGAAACCAAGACCAUGCAAACACCGGUGCAUGAAUACCUAUGGCAGCUACAAGUGUUAUUGUCUGAAUGGAUACAUGCUUAUGCCAGAUGGAUCAUGUUCUAACGCUCUCUCAUGUUCCAUGGCAAACUGUCAGUACGGCUGUGAUGUCGUGAAAGGGGAGGUGCGGUGCCGUUGUCCUUCCCCAGGCUUGCAACUAGCUCCUGAUGGUAGAACUUGUGUAGAUGUGGAUGAAUGUGCUACUGGCAGAGUUACCUGUCCUCGAUUCAGGAAGUGCGUCAAUACCUUUGGAAGCUAUAUUUGCAAGUGCCAUAAAGGAUUUGAUUUGAUGUACAUUGGAGGCAAAUACCAGUGCUACGACAUAGAUGAAUGCUCACUCGGCCAAUAUCAGUGUGGGAGUUUUUCACAGUGUUACAAUACGCAGGGAUCUUACAAAUGCAAAUGUAAAGAAGGAUACAGAGGUGACGGAAUGAACUGCAUAACUUUCGAUAUUAUUGAAAAUGAGACGGGUUUUGGCUCAGCUGAGGCGCAUGGCAGAGGUGAACGGGAUCCUUUUAAUGUGCUUCUCUCUGAGAUGGCAUAUCAGAGGGAAAUGUGGGCUAUUCCCAAAGUUAUGAUUGAUCCAUCUGGCCCACAUACCGUAUUUAAGGGAAAUACAACCUUUCCUAAAGGCAGCGGUGGCAUGACAAAUAGGAUACCUGAAACUGGUGGCGUGAGGCAUCCCAUCAAACCACCGAAUGCUCCAGCUACAGCGAGGCCUCCUUUCAGGACAACAAUGAGACCCAGCCCAAAGCCAACCACGAGGCCGACACACAAACCAAUUACCAGGUUUGUACCCAAGCCUGCAACCACAAGGCCAGCUUUGAAGCCAGUGACAAGACUCCCACCAGUCACAAGGCCCCCGACACCACCUCCAACUCCGCCUAAGCCUGUAACGACAAAAACACCACGACUCACAACUAAAGAGCCGCUGCACUUUCCUAGUGAAACCACAGCUCCGCAGGGAUUCACAGUUGACAACAGGAUACCAAUCGAUCCUCAGAAACCGCGAGGAGAUGUCUUUAUUCCACGCCAGCCUGGAGUGAGCAAUAAUCUCUUUGAAACAUUUGAAAUUGAAAGAGGGAUUAGUGCCGAUGACGACGAAGCGAACGAUGAUCCAGGUGUUCUGGUUCACAGCUGUAACUUUGACGGUGGUCUGUGUGGGUGGAUGAAGGAGAAAGACGAUGAUUUGCACUGGGAACCUGUGAAAGAUGCCUCAGGUAUUGCUUGAUUUCCUUGGAUUUAGUUGAAGCCUAUUUUAUCACCAAAGUCUGAGGGGCAAGAAACAAGCAAUCUGAACAGCCACACAGUUGUGUAGUUAGGUAAUUUUCUACUCCAGACUUAAAGAUUUUAUGGAGAGGAGAUAAUGUGUGGGGCCGAUUCCAGGUUAUUUUGGGGGGACUCUUUAGUAGGAAUUGACAGGUGUCAAUUUCUUUUUCUCUCAGUUUCUCAUUUUUUCUAGUCUUAAGUUUGCUUUACCACAUUUCAUGGAAUUUCCUUAUGACAAUUCACCACAAUUUUAGUGUGCAUUUCUCCUAAGUUAAUACUCAGGAUAUUUAAGCCCAGAAAUAUGUGGGUCUCUCACCUAUUUGUUGCUACAAGCAGCUAGACAUUCACAGUAACUGGUGUCUCUGACAUACAGGACACAUCUAGCCAGUUCAAUAAUGCUUAAAAGAGUAUCAUGUUUCAAAACAGGAUGUUCUUUGGGAUAGACAUCUGUAUGGGAAACUCUGCAUGUGUAUGUAUAAGACUUGCUUACAUGCAUGGAUCUCUCUUGUUGGAUCAGGGCAAUUGUUUUGUAUGUUUGAUUGUUUUUUUCUAUUACCACUUUCAUAUAAAAACUAUGUAUCCUGUCAUGAACUCCACCCCCAACUUUGAAACACUUAAUAAAAUGAGAUCAAAAUAAAGAAAUCCACAUUAAUGUUUAUGUGGCACGAAGACUCAUUCAGCAGAGUUUUGACUUCUUGCAUGAAAGGCCCCAUGAAAUAAGUGAUUGAUACUACAUGCUUUUUAAUUUUGGCUCUUCUGAGUGGUGCCAGUCUUCUGGUUUUCAUUUAGCAGCUGAUGACUUUUGAACAGAUAAUAUCCCAGAGAGGAAGAGGUGCAUGAAUGACUUCAAAUGAAUCCCACAUGCUUGGCAGCAAGGGAAUGGACACUAGGGAGUACUGGGGUCUUAUUCCAUGUUUAUUGGGUUUGGGGCAAUUUUUACAAAUAUGGACAUGCUGUUUUUUUAAAAAAAUAAUAAUGGGUGGGAAUCCAAGGCUGUAAUCAUAUGCACAUUUACUAGGGAGCAAGUCUUAGAGAACUAAGUGAAUCUCCCAUGAUGAGUUGUAGACAGUAAGUUCAGGCCAUACAUCCAAGCAACUGAUAUAUGAACAAUCUGAGUUAAGCAAGGGAGGAUUGUCUAGUAAGUCUUAGAUUAUUAACACUG